CCUGUCUUUCCUCUCCCGCUGCCCGGAAGUGAAUGAGGGCGCUUCCGGCGGCGGUUACCAGGGUAACCGGGUUGCUAGCGCGACCCGGUUGCCGCGGCGGCAGCGCGGGGCCUGUCGCGGCGCCGCUCCGGGGCAGAGGCGUGGGCGCCCCCGUCCCCUGCGCGAUGUUCAUCUACCUGAGCAAGAAGAUUGCAAUUCCUGGUAAUGUUCGAUUAAGAUGUAUUUCCUGGAAUAAGGAUCAAGGUUUCAUAGCCUGUGGUGGAGAAGAUGGGUUACUGAAAGUUUUAAAGUUGGAAACGCAAACAGACGAAGCAAAACUAAAGGGACUUGCAGCUCCUAGCAAUCUUUCUGUGAAUCAAACUCUUGAAGGUCAUAGUGGUUCUGUGCAAGUGGUGACAUGGAAUGAACAGUAUCAAAAACUAACAACCAGUGAUCAAAAUGGGCUCAUCAUUGUGUGGAUGUUGUAUAAAGGUGCCUGGUAUGAAGAGAUGAUUAACAAUAGAAAUAAAUCUGUUGUUCGAAGUAUGAGCUGGAAUGCUGAUGGACAAAAGAUUUGCAUUGUAUAUGAAGAUGGAGCUGUGAUUGUUGGAUCAGUGGAUGGCAAUCGUAUUUGGGGGAAAGAUCUGAAAGGUACACACCUGUGCCAUGUGACCUGGUCUUCUGACAGCAAAGUUUUACUCUUUGGAAUGGCAAAUGGAGAAAUUCAUAUUUACGACAAUCAGGGGAAUUUUAUUGUGAAAAUGAAACUGAGUUGUUUGGUGAACCUAACUGGAGCAUUCAGUAUUGCUGGAAUACACUGGUAUCAUGGUACCGAAGGCUACAUUGAACCAGGUUGUCCUUGUCUUGCUGUCUGUUAUGAUAAUGGAAGAUGCCAGAUAAUGAGAGAUGAGAAUGACCAGAAUCCUGUUUUGAUUGACACUGGUAUGAAUGUAGUAUGUAUUCAGUGGAACCACUGUGGAAGUGUACUGGCGGUGGCAGGUUCCCUAAAAACAACUUCUCAAGAUAAAGAUGUAAAUAUUGUGCAAUUCUACACUCCAUUUGGUGAGCAUUUGCGCACACUGAAAGUUCCUGGCAAACAGAUGUCAGCCUUGUCUUGGGAGGGAAGUGGACUGAAAAUUGCACUAUCAGUUGAUUCAUAUAUAUAUUUUGCAAACAUUCGGCCAGAUUACAAGUGGGGUUAUUGCUCCAACACAGUGGUUUACGCAUAUACUCGACCUGAUCGUCCAGAAUACUGUGUAGUAUUUUGGGACACAAAAAACAAUGAGAAGUAUGUGAAAUAUGUCAAGAGCCUGAUUUCCAUAACAACUUAUGGAGACUUCUGUGUUUUAGCAACUAAAGCAGAUGAAAAUCAACCUCAGUAUGUGCUGGUUCUCUGCAAUUCCAUUGGUACUCCCUUGGACCCAAAAUAUAUUGAUAUUGGACCGUUGUUUGUCACAAUGACCAAAACACAUGUGAUAGCAGCUUCAAAAGAGGCGUUUUACAUCUGGCAGUAUCGUGUUGCAAAGAAACUCACAGCAAUGGAAAUUAAUCAGCUAGCACGGACCAGAAAAGAAGGCAGGGAAAGGCUUUAUCAUAUUGAUGAUACCCCUUUGGAAUCUGCAGAGGAACGCCUUGAUUACAUCAAAGCUAUUGAAGGAACAAGAGAUCCAAUUUGUGCAAUAACAGCAUCUGAUAAGAUACUACUUGUGGGAAGAGAAUCUGGCACUAUUCAGAGAUACAGCCUCCCUGGCGUUGGCAUAGUUCAGAAGUAUACCCUGAACUGUCGGGCAUAUCAGCUGUCUUUGAACUGCAACUCCAGUCGUGUUGCUAUCAUAGACCUUUCAGGUGUUUUGACUUUCUUUGACCUGGAUACACGGGUAAUAGACAGUACAGGACAGCAAGUGAUAGGUGAGCAGCUGAAGUUGGAACGCAAAGAUGUCUGGGAUAUGAAAUGGGCCAAAGAUAAUCCAGAUCUGUUUGCAAUGAUGGAGAAAACAAGAAUGUAUGUCUUCAGAAACUUGGAUCCUGAGGAACCUAUUCAAACCUCUGGAUAUAUUUGCAGCUUUGAAGAUUUAGAAAUCAAAUCUGUUCUUCUGGAUGAAAUAUUAAAGAAUCCUGAACAUCCUAACAAAGAUUACAUCAUCAAUUUUGAGAUUCGGUCACUACGAGACAGUCGAGCACUGAUUGAAGAAGUUGGGAUUGAAGAAUCUUCCCAGUUCAUAGAAGAUAAUCCACAUCCCAGACUUUGGCGUCUCCUGGCUGAAGCUGCUCUUCAGAAGCUAGAUCUGCAGACUGCUGAGCAAGCUUUUGUGCGCUGCAAAGAUUAUCAAGGUAUUAAAUUUGUGAAGCGUCUAGGCAACCUGCAGAGUGAGUCAAUGAAGCAAGCAGAAGUGGCAGCCUAUUUUGGCAGAUUUGAAGAAGCUGAAAGAAUGUAUUUGGAUAUGGACAGAAGAGAUCUUGCCCUUGGACUACGCAUAAAACUGGGAGAUUGGUUUCGUGUAUUGCAGCUAUUGAAAACAGGGUCAGGUGAUUCUGAUGAUGCCCUUCUUGAACAAGCACACAAUGCUAUCGGAGAUUAUUAUGCAGACCGUCAGAAAUGGGUAAAUGCUGUACAAUAUUAUGUACAAGGGCGAAACCAGGAACGUUUAGCUGAAUGUUACUACAUGCUAGAGGAUUACCAAGGACUGGAGAAUCUAGCUAACUCACUUCCAGAGAAUAAUAAAUUGCUUCCUGAUAUAGCUUAUAUGUUUGUAAGAGUGGGGAUGUGUGAGCAGGCUGUGUCUGCCUUUCUGAAAUGUAGUCGACCAAAGGAUGCUGUCGAUGCCUGUGUACAUCUCAAGCAGUGGAAUAAAGCUGUGGAGUUGGCUAAAAAUCACAAUAUGAAAGAGAUUGGAUCCUUGUUAGCUAGAUAUGCAACUCAUUUGCUGGAAAAGAAUAAAAUUCUUGAUGCAAUAGAACUUUAUCGUAAAGCCAAUUAUUUCUUCGAUGCUGCUAAGCUCAUGUUCAAGAUUGCAGAUGAAGAGGCAAAGAAAAGAGCAAAGCCAUUGCGAGUUAAAAAGCUGUAUGUGUUAUCAGCUUUACUUAUAGAACAGUGCCAUGAAAAAAUGCAAAAUGCACAAAAGGGAAAAGUUAAAGGAAAAAGUUCAGAGAUGGCUUCAGCUUUGGCUGGUUUGCUAGAAGAAGAUGUCCUUUCUUCAGCUAAUCGCUUUGCAGACAAUGCUUGGCGAGGAGCUGAGGCUUAUCAUUUUUUUAUACUUGCACAAAGACAGCUCUACAAAGGUUCUGUAGAUGCAGCACUGAAGACAGCCCUUCAUUUACGAGAUUAUGAAGACAUUAUCCCUGCAGUUGAAAUCUAUUCCCUUCUCGCUCUCUGUGCAUGUGCACAUAGAGCAUUUGAUAUUUGUUCAAAAGCCUUUGUUAAACUGGAAUCCUUGGAAACUCUCAGCCAAGAACAGAGGCAACAGUAUGAGGAUCUUGCUCUAGAGAUAUUCACCAAACAUUGCCCUAAGUAUAACAAAAAAUCUGAUCUGGAUGAUGUUCUUGAGAGUGGAGAUGGGAAACUUCCUGUAUGUGUUGCAACAGGAGAUCCUAUCAUGGAGUAUCGAUUCUGGAUGUGCAGUGUGUGUAAGCAUUGUGUGAAAGCCAAAGAAAUAAGCAAUUAUAACUUCUGUCCUCUGUGCCACAGUUCUGUAGCAUAACAGGAAGUAAAGGUUUGUUUGUCCUCAUAUCUGCUAUGUUUCAUUAAAAAAAAAAAAAAAAGCAAGCCCUCUAAAAUGUUACUGUUGUACUGUUUUAAAAUACAGUUCAGGUAUGAUAGUGUCACAGAUAAUGUUACUAUUAUUAGAGAAACAUUUCAAAAAAGAAAUGAGAAACUUUAAGGUUCCAUGUUAAGAAACAGCUGUGGUAAUUGACUAAAUUUUUACAGUGGUUUAAGGUAACAGCAUUUUUUUUAAUUGUAAAUUGAACCUAGUUUCAAAACCAUGCAAAUUGAAUGCAGGUUUAUCUUAGUAUGUUUUACUCUGUGAAUUUCAAGAAAACCAAUAAUUUCCCAUGGAAUUAUAAAAAUGAAAAAUGGAGCAAACUCAGUUUCCUGAAGGUAGUAAUUCUUGAGUUGAAAUAAUGCACAGUAGUUGUAGUAUUAUUGUAUACAUUUUCCACUACUUGUUUUACUAGAAUGAUGGUGCUGCUUUAGUUGUACUUCACAUUUAUGCUAUUUUCUUUUGCCAAGUGUAUUGAAAACUAUAGUACUAACAAAGAAGCUGCAGACAUUUAGAAAUCAAUGCCUUUAGCAAGCAUUUGAAUUCUUAAGAUUUUUUUUUUCCUGUGGUGAUUUGCUUUAUCAGCUAAGGAAACCAAUAUGAACCUUCAGCCUGGAAACUGUUAAUGGGCGGCUACUUACAAAUUAGUAGCCUGAAGUGAGCAGCUCACAUCUGCUAAGCAGAUCUCAAGAGUUAUAACUGUCAUCCUCAUUAUACAUGAAGAUUGAAAGGAGAUGGAGUCUUAUUUAGAAGUGAGCUUUUCUAUUUUAUUGCUAGAUUUUAACCAAUGCUUUGAUGGUACAGUAUGGAAAUGUUGCAGGUCACUUAUCCAUGGUAUGAGUUUUCUUCACAGCACUUGUCAGACUGGUAACAUUUACAAGCAUUAAAAUUCACUUUGUAUGUUGUUAUUUUUUUGAGGAAAAGAUGGUGAGGAGUCUCAUUUCUCCUAGGAUUUCUUUCGGAGCAAAUAAUACACAUCUUUCAAAUAUUUUUAAUGGAAGAAGUUUAUAUGUAAAAUAUAUAUUAAAUAUUUUUCUAUUCAGGUA